GUUUAGUGGCACGCUCAACCUCCGUCAAAGCAAAGAAACAGUGUUUCAUCAUUUGGGUUUCGCAGAAGAGAGAGAAACCCAUUUCUAGAGAGAGAAACUCGCAGUCGCAGACAUGUCUUCCUUCGAUGCCUUCGCCGACGACUUGAACGUCAACUCUUCUUCCACUCGCCAGCACGACGAUGACGAGGACAACUUCUCUGGCUACGGCGGCUACUCCUCCUUCACCGGAGGAUUCUCCGCCGACGGAGAUGUCGCCGUCGAUCACUCCGCCGCCGCGUCGCCGGAGAUCUACGGCUUCACUGAUUCGAAUCCCGCUUACUCUCAGUCUCCCUUCGAAUCGGCCACCGUAGAGAACGAAAACGGAAACGGAUACGGCGACGGCGACGGUGUUUUUGUCUCCGACGGUCCGGUGCUUCCUCCGCCGACGGAGAUGGAGCCGGAGGAAGGUUACGCUCUUCGCGAGUGGCGCCGUCAAAAUGCCAUUCAGCUAGAGGAGAAGGAGAAAAGGGAAAAAGAAAUGAGAUUGAAGAUUAUUGAAGAAGCUGAGGAGUAUAAGGUGGCUUUCUAUGAGAAGAGGAAGCUUAAUGUUGAGACUAACAAGGUUCAGAAUAGAGAAAGGGAGAAGUUAUUCGUGGCCAAUCAAGAGAAGUUUCACAAAGAGGCAGACAAAGCUUAUUGGAAAACCAUUGCAGAGCUCAUUCCUCGUGAGGUUCCCAACAUUGAAAAGAAAAGAGGCAAAAAGGAUCAGGACAAGAAGCCAUCAAUUACGGUCAUCCAAGGCCCAAAGCCUGGCAAACCCACGGAUCUGUCUAGGUUGCGGCAAAUACUGUUAAAGCUGAAGCAUACACCACCACCUCACAUGAUUCCUCCACCACCGGCUCCUGCUAAAGACGCCAAAGAUAAUAAGGAUGGAAAAGAGAAAGCAGCAUCAAAAGCAACUGGAUCUGCAGCAGAAGGUGCACCUGAUUCACAGCCAAAGGAUGCCACCUCUAAUGGCCUCACAGAAGAACCCCAGAAAGAAGCUCCUGCCACUGAGGAGCAGCCUGCUGCAUGAUUUUGUCUAUGAUACUUUGGUUCCCCCUCAAUCUUUCUUCUGCCACCCCUUUCUCCACCCUGCAGUCUUUAAUGAAUCUUUUUGCCCUGCUAUUAGUUUCUAAUGCUUAUCGGUUGCAUUUUAUUAUUAUUAACUUUAAGGUUUUGUAUGAAUUAAAUCCAUUAUUAACAAUUAUGACGUGGAGAUUCAAUGAUCAUGGGUUUAAAUAGUACAUCCUUUUAGACAGAGUAUAUGUUGGAAUAAUUGCUGUCUGGUGGUGUCAAAUAGACAAAUACAAUGUUUAAUAUUUUUCAGUUGUUUAAAUUUCCAUUGUAUGUACCUGAUUCUGGUUUCGUUAUUUGUAGGGUAAAAUUUAAUUUUA